AUUAAAGAUGCAAGCCUCCAAGAAAGUCGCCCACAGAGUUGUCUUCGCAAGACACGGAGAAAGUCUCUGGAACAAGGAGAACAGAUUCACCGGAUGGUAUGACGUUGGACUCACUGAGAAAGGUAUAAAAGAAGCAAAGACUGCAGGGGAGCUCAUCAGAGAAAGAGGAUUCCAAUUUGAUGUCGCACAUACUUCAGUGCUGAAGAGAGCUAUUCUAACUCUUAAUGGUAUCCUUGAUACUACUGACCACCAUCAUAUUCCAGUCCAUAAAUCUUACAGACUUAACGAGCGUCACUAUGGUGGUCUCCAAGGUUUGAACAAAGCAGAAACUGCAGCCAAGCACGGAGAUGAGCAGGUCCUGAUAUGGAGAAGAUCUUUCGAUAUUCCUCCUCCAUCACUGGAAGAAACUGAUGAAAGACACCCAAGUUUCGACAGGAAGUACUCCUUAGUGCCAAAGUCCGCCCUACCAUCAACCGAGUCUCUCAAGUUGACCAUCGACAGAGUGUUGCCAUAUUGGUUUGAUAACAUUUGCUCUCACAUCCUUGAAGGCAAAAAUGUAUUAGUUGUUGCCCACGGUAACAGUCUCAGAUCCAUGGUGAAGUACCUUAGCGGUAUGAGCAACGAAGAGAUCUUGGGUUACAACAUCCCUACAGGAAUCCCAUUUGUCUACGAAUUCGAUGAGGACCUUAACGUCUUGAAUAACUACUACUUGAUCGAUGAGGAGGAGCUCAAGGCUAAGCAAGAGGAAGUUGCCAACCAGGGAAAAGCAAAGUAA